AUGAAGAGAUGGAAUUACACGUUGGUGAGUGAGUUCGUCUUCCAGGGUUUCUCCAACUUCCGUGAGCACCAGCUCACACUCUUUGUCGUGUUCCUUGCACUGUACAUUGUUACCCUUGCUGGCAAUGUCAUCAUUGUGACCAUCAUUAGCCUUGAUCGUCACCUCCACACACCCAUGUACUUCUUCCUCAGCAUACUGUCGGCAUCAGAGACCUUGUACACGCUCGUCAUAAUUCCAAGGAUGCUCUUCAGCCUUCUAGGCCUGGGUGAGCCCAUUUCCUUGGCAGGGUGUGCCACGCAGAUGUUUUUCUUCAUAACUCUGGCCAUCAAUAACUGCUUCCUGCUCACGGCCAUGGGGUAUGAUCGCUACGUGGCCAUUUGCAACCCCUUGAGGUACUCGGUUAUCAUGAGUAAGAGGGUGUGCCUCCAGCUAGUGUGGGGGGCUUUCAGCAUUGGCUUAAUAGUAGCAAUGACCCAGGUGUCCGCCGUGUUCAGGCUGCCCUUCUGUACCUCCCUGGUGGCCCACUUCUUCUGUGAUAUCCGCCCUGUGAUGAAGCUUUCUUGCAUCGACACUACUGCCAAUGAGAUCCUGACUUUGGUCAUCAGUGUGCUGGUGAUCUUGAUUCCCAUGGGACUGGUCUUCAUCUCCUACAUCCUCAUCAUCUCUACCAUCCUCAAGAUUGCCUCUGCUGAGGGCAGGAGGAAGGCUUUUGCCACCUGUGCUUCUCAUAUCACAGUGGUCUUCGUUCACUAUGGCUGCGCCUCCAUUGCCUACCUCAAACCCAAAUCUGAGAACACCAGGGAUGAGGACCAGCUGAUCUCUGUGACCUACACGGUCAUCACACCCCUCCUAAACCCCGUGGUGUACACCCUGAGGAACAAAGAGGUGAAGGAUGCUCUGUGCAGGGCCAUGGGCAGGAAACUUUCCUGA